UCGCUGGUUCCCUAGGGGAUGUAUUGUAUUAUACCCCAUCAUCAAAAUCCAUAUAUUAAAUUCGUUUACUACCAAAAAAAAAAAAAAAACCAUGCAAAUUGCAACCCAAAAUCUGAUUAUUUAAACCCCCUUCAACUUGAUUUUCUCUCCCCACCCACCACUCAAAAAAGAUCUCUCUCUCUCUCUCUCUCUCUCUCUCUCUCUCAUGGCUUCUUCUUCUUCUUUCCUUCUAAAAGCAAUACUAGUCAUCUCUUUACUUCACUUCAUCAAAGCAAGCUCUUUCAACAUCUCAACUCCUUCUGCUUCUCCAUCUCUAAAAACCCAUCUCACAAACAUAAAAUCUCUAUGCAAAAACACACCAUACCCAGACACCUGUUUCAACUCCAUGAAACUCUCCAUCUCAAUCAACAUCAACCCAAACAUCCUCAACUACCUUCUCCAAUCUCUCCAAACCGCUCUCUCCGAAGCCAGCAAACUCUCCAAUCUCUUCUACGACGCAAACACCGCCACCGGCAUUGUCGAAAACCAGAAAGGAACUCUCCAAGACUGCAAAGAGCUGCACCAAAUCACAGUCUCCUCCUUGAAGAAAUCUGUCUCCCGCCUCCAUUCCAGCAAGCAGUCCGGCGUCGCCGCCUACCUCAGCGCGGCCCUCACGAACAAGAACACGUGCCUGGAGGGUCUUGAAUCUGCAUCCGGACCGUUAAAACCGAAAUUGGUCAGUUCAACGGUCGAGGCCUAUAAGCACGUGAGCAAUUCUCUCUCGAUCCUCGCAGGUUCGAGGCCGGCAGGCGGCAACAACCGACGACGGCUUUUGGGUUUUCCGACGUGGAUGUCGAAAGAGGACCGAAGGGUGUUGGAGGGUUCAGAUGAUGAGUAUGAUCCGGGAUCGAUUUUGACGGUGGCGGCUGAUGGUAGCGGGAAUUUCACGACGAUUAGCGAUGCGAUUAGCUUUGCUCCUAAUAACAGUAUGGAUAGGAUAAUAAUAUUAGUGAAGGAAGGGGUAUAUUUGGAAAAUGUGGCAAUUCCGAGCUACAAGACGAAUGUAGUUUUGUUGGGAGAUGGAAGUGAAGUUACAGUGAUUAGAGGAAAUAGAAGCGUUGGAGAUGGUUGGACUACUUUCCGGUCAGCAACUGUCGCUGUCUCUGGAGAUGGUUUUUUAGCCCGCGACAUAUCAUUCGAGAACACAGCAGGCCCAUCAAAACAUCAAGCCGUGGCCCUCCGAGUGAACGGUGAUCUAGCGGCGAUCUAUCGGUGCACGAUCGACGGAUACCAAGACACCCUGUAUGUCCAUUCCUUCCGCCAGUUCUACAGAGAGUGCGACAUCUUUGGGACCGUUGAUUUCAUAUUUGGAAAUGCGGCUGUGAUCUUCCAAGGAUGCAACAUUGUAGCAAAGAAGCCAAUGCGGGGCCAAUUCAAUGCAAUCACGGCCCAGUCAAGGGACGAUGAGUAUGAGGUGACUGGGAUCUCGAUCCAGAACUGUUCGAUUUUGGCUUCGGAGGAUCUAUCUUCUGAUAUCGACAGUGUAAAGAGCUAUUUAGGACGGCCUUGGAAAGUAUACUCGAGAACAGUGUACAUUGAAUCGUACAUUGACCAGUUCAUCGACCCGGCUGGGUGGACCGAGUGGUCAGGUGAUCAAGGGUUGGAUACUCUGUAUUAUGGAGAAUAUUCGAAUAGUGGGCCAGGUUCGGUGACUGAUUAUCGUGUCACGUGGCCUGGAUUUCAUGUGAUGGAUUAUUAUGAUGCGUUGAACUUCACGGUCUCGGAUUUCAUAGCGGGUGAUGAGUGGCUGGAAUCUACGUCGUUUCCUUAUGAUGAUGGGAUUUAGAUCUUUA